AUGACCUCAACAACAGAAACAACACCUCAAUCCGGCACGGUGCUCGGCCCAUUAACAACAACCUUCACCCAGCCAAAAGGAUGCUCCAUCUUCAAUGAAUACCGGCACACAAAAUCAAGCUGGGCGCUAGCCUGGCAAGCCCAAAGAUGCCACGACGUCAUUGAGGAUGACAACGCGUGCUGGCCCACUGCUACGACCAGCGCGCCCGCACCUCCACUCAAUGGCUGGGGCUACUACUCGCCGGGUCUUGUGUGCCCUGUGGGCUAUACGACCGCAUGUGCGGCUGGCGCGACGCCCAGCGAUAUCGGAAGGAACGUGCCUUCGUUUGCGUUCCAGUUUGCGUUCGAUGAGGACGAGGCUGUGUAUGGAUGCUGCCCUACAGGCUUUUCUUGCGAUAUGAAAUGGCACAAGCGAAUCCAGACGUGCCGGAGAGAUGCAUCGGCGGGGGCAACCUUCACCGCAGUAUAUUGCGAGAGCGGCAAGUCGCAGGAAUACGGGGUCUGGACGGUGCCGAUGACGCAGGAUGGUGUAUUCACCGUCUCUACCGUGGUGCUGCACGCGCCGCUCUUCCAGCUGAACCGGCGCGCCUUUGACUUGCCUGCCUCGACUACACCUGCUUCCAAUCUCACAGCCGCUUCCGCUUCCGAACCCUCCCAGCGCCAUGACACUGACAGCAAGACCUUUUCCACGGGGACAAAGGCCGGUAUUGGCGUGGGUGUUACUCUCGCAGCUUUUGCUCUGCUGGCUGCAAUAGCUUUCUUCCUCCGCCGUAGACGCCGCGGUCGUCACUCGCCUGAAGACACUGUGACCGUAUACCACGAGAAGGUGGGGGAGCAGUGUGUGGAGGCACCUGCUGAUCCGGCAGCACCACGUGAGCUUGACUCGUACGAUACAGCGCGAUACGCAGAGUUGGAUACGGGGGGUACGGCGUGGCAUGUGGAAUUGGAGUCGGGGGCGGUAAAAUUUGGUGCGGAUGAGAAGCAAGAGGGAGACGGGGUAGAAAGGCAGGGGUCAAGUGAGGAGGGAGGGUUCAGCUUCCGGGCAUAG